CUCUCCCUCUCUUUGUCUUUCUUUCUCUCUCUUUCUCAGAUGGCUGAUGUGACGCCCAAAACCCUAGAUCCGGCAGCAAAUCUGAAACAAAAGGGUCGACCCGUCGGCGGCACAGAGCACAGCUGGUGCCGAGCCGUACCAGGAGGCACCGGUAUAACCGUCCUGGCCAUGCUCUUCACGAAAGACCCUGGAACCUCACAUCUCCAAAACGCCCUCCACGAACUCCAAAAGUUCCAUCCCAUCCUCCGUUCCAGAAUUACUCGAGACGAAAACACCAACACCUUCUUCUUCACCGUAUCUCCCAUCCCUCUCCUUCAAAUCCAGUCCUUCGACUCCUCCACAACUUCUCAACUCCUUCAAAGUCUCGCCGAAGGCGACCCAAACAGUGGCCAGAUCUCACCGUUCCAUCGUAUCAUCGAACACGAAUUGAAUCAAAACCCCUGGUCCGACCAGUCCGACACGGAUGUACUCUUCGCCUGCCUUUACGCUUUGCCCGAUUCGAAGUGGCUCGUUGCACUGCGCCUCCACACAUCCGUCUGCGAUCGUACGUCGGCGGUGUUUAUGUUGACGGAACUGCUUGGGUUGGUCCGACGGAAAGAAGAAGGCAGUGUUGGAAAGGAACAAGGGAAGGAAACAGAGGAGUUCAAUUUAAGUUUAGAGCGGCUUAUCCCCAACGGAAAAGCAAAUAAGCCUUUCUGGGCUCGAGGGGUGGAUUUGCUCGGCUACUCCUUGAACGCGCUGAGGUUUGCCAACCUAGAGUUUAAGGAUGUGACUUCGCCACGAUCGUCGCAGGUCAUAAGAUUGCAGAUGAACCCGGAUGAGACUGAUCGAAUUCUUACGGAAUGCAGGGUAAGGGGUAUCAAAUUGUGUGGGGCCAUAGCAGCUGCUGGAUUGAUCGCUGCAAAUUCCUUGAAACACCUCCCUGAUCAUCAGUGGGAGAAGUAUGCAAUCAUUACUCUCAUCGACUGCCGCAAGCUGUUGGACCCACCUCUCCAAUCCCACAAUCUUGGAUUUUACCAUUCUGCCAUCGUGAACACACAUGAUAUAAAGGAAGGACAAGAACUAUGGGAAUUAGCAAGCAGAUGCUAUGUGAGCUUGAAAGACUCAAUCAAUGCCAACAAGCAUUUCACGGACAUGGCUGAUCUCCACGUCCUCAUGUGUAAGGCCAUCGAUAACCCGGGCUUGACGCCUCACUCAUCCUUGAGGACAUCCUUCAUCUCAGUGUUUGAGGACCCUGUGAUCAACGAUGAACACACGCAGCUACAUCAAUGGAUGGGACUGGAGGACUACAUGGGAUGUUCCUCGGUGCAUGGCGUGGGUCCCUCAAUUGCUGUAUUUGACACGAUUCACAAUGGACGGUUGGAUUUUACCUGUGUUUAUCCGUCUCCCUUGCAUUCCAGGGGUCAGAUGCAAGAGCUGAUUGACACCAUGAAAAGGAUUCUCGUGGGUGGUGAGGAUAAAACAUAGAGCCAAAGGUGGGACCUCUCUGUGAAUUUUCUUAUUAUUUUUUGGUACAGUGAUAUUUCAACCACUACCCC